GGAAACCAUGUUAAAAAGCAUAAGGGGCCGUUUGUGGCUCUAUGGUGUUUUCAGUAAAGAUUUUUGAGCUGAGCUGAGCAGUAACACUCUGAAAUGCAAUGAAGCAGCAGCCUCUGGUUACCUCAGAGGCACAUACAUACAAUGUGAGAAUGGAUGCCUUGAGGAUACACAUUGGUACGGAUGACAGGCUUCUUGUCUCUGGGUCUCAUCUGCCCCUGGAGAGGCGAGUUUUACCAACACUACUGCUUCUUGCACUGGUAUCUCUCUCAGGAAUCAUGCCUGCUGCGGUUGCCAAGGAAUCAAACAACAAAUGUGAGGAGAUCCAGAUCCUUCGAGGCAUCCCAGACACAAUAGCCUUUAUUGGGAAAGUAUUUUACUACCCAGUACCACCAUUUGCCUUUCAGGGAAAGAUAACCCAGUACAAGAUUACGUUGGCUAAUGGUGCAGAUUUGCCAAAAUGGUUGGAGUUCAAUCCUAACACAAGUACACUGCAAGGACUGCCAGUGAAUGAGGAGAAUGGAGAAUACCACUUGAAUGUAGCCGCCCAUGAAGAUGGGUGUGUUCAGAAAACACCAAGAGCCAAUGUAAAUUUCACCCUUCAUGUUCAGGACAGCAUUCUGAUCCCAGAAAAGAAGACUGGCUUAAGUCACACGCCCAAGCGCAAUAUUAUCAGUUCUGAAAGAUGUACAAGGGACAGCUCUCUCACCUCUGCCGAGAUCAUCAUCCAUGCUGCGGCUGAAUUGCUGGAUGUUCAACAACGUCUCUCUCUGAAGAGGAAGGAACCUAACAAUACUGGCUGA